AUGACUAAAUACGACGACGGAAGUACAGUGAAGCAGCUCUUCAAAGACCUGGUCCCUUCCCCAACGCUUUUGCUCACCUAUCCUAUGUUCAUGGCCAAUGCCCGGCUUUUGGUGUACAAGGACCCUGAGUUGAUGGCUAUGCGAAAGGUUCAGAAGAUUCGGAUGCCUCUGGUGUUGCACAAGAUGAAGGAUAUUAAACAUGUCUACGGUGUGGCCGCACUGUACCGAGGAGCUGAU